UAAGCCACAAAGAGCAUCAGCCGAAACUAUGCACGAUUCGCUCGCUGAUCGCUGAUCUUGUCUUCCAGCUUGUACUGUUGGUGGGGCCUAUGGAAGCGGAAAGCUACAAGAAACGUGUGGAGCAAGAAUCUUGGACAGUCUUAUCCAAACCAGUCACCGCCAUGGCCCUAUAUUGCGCGACAUGCCCGCAGUCUAGCGAUCCUUCAGCUCAAGCUGUAUCUCGACCCAGCUCUCCGUCUUUGGAACGCCCAGGCAAGCCAGCAAAACAGGUUCUUCCGAACGGAGCUAUGGGAAAGAGGUCUGGCAUUGAUAACCGAUAUGCCCUAACAUACCCUCUGCGCAUCCUGUAUGUCGAUGACUCCAUUAUCAACGUCAAGGUCGGCAAAAAGAUUCUGGAGAAAUUCGGUUACAAAGGUGUUGAUACGGCAGACGAUGGGCGAGCCGCCGUAGCUGCAGCUGAAAAGGUCGACUACGAUCUGAUCCUGAUGGAUCUACAAAUGCCCACGAUGGAUGGUUACACGGCCCGGAACGUCAUCUACCAGAAAGAUCCAGCAAAUUGCCCUGUCAUCGUUGCGUUGACCGCAAACACCGACGAAGAAACCAAGGAGCGCUGCGCGAAAGAAGGCUUCUUCUACUUCUUGUCAAAACCCCUCAAGAUAGCCGAUCUCGCGAACGUUUUACGCUUGGCCUAUACCGAUCGUCACACCAUGAAGGACCCUGUCUAGUCCGGCCUAUCCGAAGAUAUCUCAGGCUCAAGAAUUACAAGCACCUAACUUCAGCAUUGACAAUAGCCUGCAUACGAAAGACCCAUCCGUUUCAACGGAUAGACGACGAACAUGUAAGAAUAGCCGGUUGUACAUGGGUAUAUGGAUUGAUGAAAGGGCUGAAAGACUGGAGACCGCGAAAACGCUGCCCCUUGCCUGCCCCCUUAGCCGAGGGCAAGGGGAUCAGGGGGUCUUGGGGUA